AUGUAUUGCAUACAUUUAGGCAAUAUAAUAUUUAAAAACAUUAGUGAAUAAGAUUAAGUUGUUGGAUUGACAAAAGAUGACAUCAAGUAAAAAUUAUUUUUUACAUUUUAAGUAUUUUCAAAUAACUUGAUACCUCAUUCGACUUUAAGAAAUCUACGAAAUUUUUUAAGAGAACCUUCUCUUAAAUUGCUAAAAGAAAGUUGUUUUUGGCAAAUCAUAAACUUUUUAAUGUUACCUCGAAAUUAAAAAAAAAAGAUGGAAUCUGA